AUGCCGGACUACUCCAAAGUCGUCAAGGAGCAACCGCGAGGUUCAUACCUGUCGUCCUUUGUUCGCUGGCUGCAGUUGAAGAAAUACCAAUAUGAAGUCACCUUCUCUCUGUACAUGCUCACUUCCACCGAGAAGUUCAUCUUCAAUUUGAUCCUCUUUAUACUCAUUUCUCUGCUUGUCACUGCUGCCUCGCUCUAUCUCCCCGACCAUAUCGCCGUCAUCUACAACCGCAUCUGGUAUUAUGUCCGCGGAGGUGAAAUCGCCUACAUGACUACCGCGGCUGCUACCGGUGACAAAACUUCGCUGGCUGGAGAGGGACUGAGGCUGACGUCGGGCACCCUCAGGGCAGGCGCUGCCGCUACGUUGAGAGAACUCUAG